GCCUCAUGUCCGGGGGCUGAAUGUCCACAAGGAGAAAACCACACAGCCUCUGGGUCCUUGUGCCAGGACUGCAGCAUUGCACGGCAUAACAAUGCUUCCUUUAUAGGAGAGUGUACUGAUAGGACAAAGAUGAAUGGCUCUAAUGAAAAGGAGGGCAGGUUUAGAUCAGGUAUCAUGAAGGAAUUCUUUAAGACAAGGGUGGUGAGGCCAUAAAUCAAUUUUCCCGGAAGAGCUGCUGUUGCCCCAUCCCUGGCAGUGCCCAAGUCCAGGCUGGAUGUGGCUUUGGCACAGUGGGCGGUGUCCCCACAGUGGGACAGAUCAGAUGUGGCCAAUUGUGGAGCAGCAAUGAGGUGUGAUGGCAGCACUGCCCUCCUCCUGACGCUGCCUCUGAAUGCGCUGCUGAGCUGCACAGCGUUUCCAGCCCCGGCACUGCUGUGCAGGAGGAGAGCAGGAACAGCACAAGUGCAGCAGUCAGACCUGGGGACACAGCGCAGCGCUGCUUCGGCUCCUCGUGCUUUCCCAAUGGCAGGCCGUCAAAUCACAGGAUCUGAGCUGAGGAUAUUGCUGGUGGGCAAGACGGGGAGCGGGAAGAGUGCGACAGGAAACACCAUCCUUGGAAGGGAAGCAUUUGUAUCUGGUUCAUCAUUACACGCGGUAACAAGAUGCUUCAAUAUAGUUGAGAAUGACUUUGCUGGAAGACCAGUUGUCGUUGUUGACACUCCUGGCCUUUUUGGUGGAAGAGUAGCCAAUGUGAAAACAGCUCAAAACAUUAAGGAAAGCCUUCAGGUCCUCUCUUCAGGAUUCCAUGCCAUCAUCAUGGUCAUGCAGAUCACUGAAGAAGCAGAGAAAGUGGCUAAACGGGUGAACGACAUUUUUGAUACUAAAGCAGACAAGUACACAAUCCUGGUAUUCACCCAGGCAGAACAGCUGGAGCAUCCAGAAGAUCUGAAGGGUUUCAUAGAAGAGAGGCCAUACCUUAAGGAGCUGGCAGCAAAAUGUGGAAAUCGGUACAUUGGUUUCAGCAACAGAGCCACUGGGGAGGUGAGGGAUCGGCAGGUUGCAGAGCUCAUCCGCAUGAUUGAUGCCAUGGUAGAGGAGAAUCGCAGUGCUCCAUGUUACACACAGGAAAUGCUGGAGGAAGACACAGGGAAAUUCCUUGAGAACUUUUGUACCAUCCUUGCUCUCCCAAUGGCAGGACAUCUAAGCAAAGGAACCGAGCUGAGGAUAUUGCUGGUGGGCAAGACGGGGAGUGGAAAGAGUGCAACAGGGAACAGCAUCCUUGGAAGGAAUGCAUUUGAAUCAAAGUUGACACUACGUGCAAUAACCACAGACUACAUAGAUGCUAGAGAUUCAUUCAAUGGAAGACCAAUUGUUGUUGUUGACACUCCUGGUCUUUUUGGUACUAGAGGAGUCACUGUACAAGAAACAGCUGAAAAGAUCAGAAAUGCCCUUCGGAAUUUCUAUGGUGGGGUCCAUGCCAUCAUCCUGGUGAUGCAGCUGGGCCAAGUCACUGAAGAAUGUGAGCAAGUGGCUGAGUGGCUGACCAAGAUUUUCCAUACCGAAGCACAGAGGUACACAAUCCUGUUAUUCACGCGAGCAGAAGGGCUACAGAAGCCCGAAGAUCUGAAAGGCUUAAUUGAAGAUAACAAAUACCUCAAAGAGCUGGCAGCAAAGUGUGGAAAUCGGCACAUCGCUUUCAGCAACACAGCCACCGGAGAGGCGAGGGAUCGGCAGGUUGCAAAGCUCAUUAACAUGAUUGAUGCCAUGGUAAAGCAGAAUUGUGAUGCUCCGUGUUACACACAAGAAAUGCUGGAGAAACAUAAAGAGAAAUCUCCUGAACAGGCACCCAGUUGGAGAGCAGAAUAUGAAAAGAAAGGAUCCGAGCUGAGGAUGUUGCUGGUGGGCAAGACGGGGAGUGGGAAGAGUGCGACAGGGAACAGCAUCCUCGGGAAGAACGCGUUUGACUCUGGCUGUGCAGCACAUGGGGUAACCCAAGUGUACAAGGAAGAUAAAACCCGCAUCCAUGGAAGAACAGUUGUUGUUGUUGACACUCCUGGUGUUUUUGACACUAUGGAUUUCAGCAGAAGAACAGCUGAUAAGAUCAAGGAUGGUCUUAGAUGCCUGGAUGAAGGCGUCCAUGCCAUCCUGCUGGUGAUACGGCUGGGCCAAAUCACUAAAGAAGUAGAGCAAGUGGCUGAGUGGGUGACCAAGAUUUUCCAUACUGAAGGAGAGAGGUACACAAUCGUGUUAUUCACCCGAGCAGAUGAGCUGGAGGAUCCAGCAGGUCUGAAAGGCUUCAUAGACGGGAACCAAUUCCUCAAAGGUUUGGUAGCAAAGUGUGGAAAUCGGUGCAUUGCUUUCAACAACAAAGCCACAAGAGAGGCAAAGGAUCGGCAGGUUGCAGAGCUCAUCCGAAUGAUUGACGCCAUGGUAAAGAAGAACCAUGAUGCUCCGUGUUACACACGAGAAAUGCUGGAGAAAGGUUUAUGGAACUUUUUUGCAAAGCGUUGUUCUAUCCAAUAAUCAUUAAAGGUUUGGUCAAAGA